AUGAUUUCCCGCAUCGCUCUCUCUGCUCGCCCGCGCGCGUCACGCCCAGAAGAUUGCCGCCGGCCGCAGCUCCAGCUCUCGACGACGGCGCGGGCCGGCCUCAAGGAGUCCGCAGGCCAAGACGCCGACUACAAGAAGCACCAGGAUGACUCGCUCCGGAAGCAGAAGGAGGGCAAGGGUCACUGGAAGCCCGAGCUGGCGUCGGACAGCGAGGAGGCCAUCAACGCGGACCGCAACGCGGACCUGACGCCCGAGCAGCUGCAGGAGAAGACGAAGAAGGCGGCCGAGGAGACGCGCAAGGCCGGCACGAGCAUGCGCGACGGCCUGUGA